AUGAAGAAGGAAGCCUUUCUCUACCUAUGUCGAGAUCUGGCACCGUUCCUUGAAAAACAACAAACCCGUUUCAGAGAGACCAUACCAGUAUCCAAAAGGAUAUCAAUAGCGUUAUGGAGGCUUGCCAGCGGACAUGAUUGCCGUUCACUUGGACAGUUAUUUGGGGUUGGUCGUUCAACCUGUUGCAAAAUUACUCAUCACGUAUCUGAUGCGUUGGUGUCUGUAUUUUUGAAAAGGUUUAUCGCAACUGUUUCAAACGAACGAGUCCAAGAAACAAAAGAAGCCUUUAGGAUAAUGAGUGGCCUUCCUCAGUGUGUUGGCGCAGUUGAUGGGUGCCAUAUUCCAAUUUUAGCUCCAAGAGAACACCACUGUGAUUAUUUCAACAGGAAACACUUCCAUUCCAUAAUUUUACAGGCUGUUGUUGAUCACAAACGAAGGUAAGCACUGACAGAUUUAAAUGUGAUAUGGGCAGUGGUCACUGUACCUGCAUACAGUAAAUGUAUCAGUUAAUUCCAGCUGUGGCUAUGACUAUCCCCCUCCCCCUGGCCAACCCCCACAUUGUUGGAAAGACAAUGGCUAUGUGCCCCCACCCUGGGCAAAAAACAUAGAUCUAUACCCCCACCCCUGGGCCAUAAAAUUAUUAAAUGUUACAACAAAUUGCUUGACUUGCAUGUUGAUAUGUUAAAUAAAUGUCUUUCCCUCCAUAUCUUCCAAUGAUAACACAUGUUCCACCAUAGCUUAUAAAUAUGAUGUCUUUCGGGAGAGGUCACUUCACGGCACCCUUGUAUAUCAGUAUCGCCAGGGAAAGAACGUCUGCUUGCAGGCUAGGUCUGCCAUGAUGACAAACAUUCUAAGCAUGCUACAAGGUUUCAUUUUAAGUCACCACCCCUGGGCCAUACGAUAGGGUGUCAAUAGCUCCAUCCCCAGGAUUAGAAAAGGGUCUGGGGAGAUGGGCACAGCUGGAAUUGACUGCAUAAUGCUGUGCAUUUGAGUUUCAUAAGUAUUCCAUUUAUUUAUUUUGUAUUUGUGACAACAUGUUGUAAUACUGUAUUUAUUUAUUAUCUAUUUACUUUCAGAUUUCAAGACAUAUAUAUUGGGUGGCCAAGACGUGUUCAUGACGCCCGAGUCUUAGCAAAUUCAAGUCUGUACACAAAGGGACAGAAUGGAACACUCUUCCCAGACGUGAGUAAAUUUUCUUACAUGUAAUUACUAGAAUUGGGGUAAACCGUGAGCAGUCCCUUGGGAGAAAGGAGGGACUGCUGACAACACAUCAGAAAUAUGCAUUGCCCACAUAACACAUAAUUUCCAUUGGUCGAAAUUGAUGUAUCUGUCAGUCAAAUCUGAUAUGUAGUAAUUAUGCUAAAAAUAAUUACCAAGACUGAAUGUUGAUUUUAUAAAUAAACAUGACAUUAAUGGUUCCUAUUGGAAAAAUUUAAUUGGAUACAAGUAAUGUUUAUGCAAAGGCGGAGCCAACUUGACAAGAGCGAAAAGUGGGCGUAUUUCGUUUCUUGAUGUGUUGUCGGCAGUCCCUCCUUUCCCUUCACACGUCCGGGAAGCUAAACCUGUGGACACGAGGGACUGCUCACAGUCUAUGCCCCUAGUUCCUAUGCCCCUGAUUCAGUGCAAAACAAAUUCACUAGAACAUAUACUGUAUCUAUCUUAAAUAUUUAUGCGUAUAAAUGUUAUUUUGCCUGUGUUAGGAUGUACAAAUAAUAGAUGAAGUAGAGGUACCAUUAUAUUUGGUUGGUGACACUGCAUACCCACUUCUUCCAUGGCUGCUAAAGGUGUAUCCAGAUGACGGCAUGCUUACACAAGCAGAAAAAUAUUUUAACAGGUGCCUAUGCAAAAUGAGGUUUGUUGUAGAGCAUGCAUUUGAAAGACUUAAAGGGUGAUGGAGGUGUUUAUUGAAGCGGAAUGACACAACCAUGCAAUACAUAAUUCAGCAGACAGCAGCAUGCUGUGUUCUUCACAAUCUCUGUGAAAUGCAAGAGGAGGAGUUUGAGGAAGACUGGAGAGUCGAACCAGAUGUGGAUGGACACAAUAUAAAUAAUCCUGAGGGCGAUGAAGAGGAUGCUGAAGAUGUGCGUGAUGUUUUAAAGGGAAUGCUUCAACGUCAAAGGGGACUUUAG